AUGAGUACAAACACUGAGGGAUUGGAUGAUGAGUAUUUUACAGACGACGACGAGGAAUAUACGAGCAGUCAAAGCAGCGAAUCUGAUGAAAGUCAGACUGAAGAAAUCAAUGCAGACAAUUACAAUGAGGUCAUAGCAAGUAUUAAAGAACGGGUAAUAGACCGGAUCAGUCGGAUACAUAGUAACGAACAAUCGAAGUUGUAUGAAAAGUAUAUACAAGCGACCAAUUUGUUUUCGAAUGAAAAGGAGUUACUUUUGGAUGAUAUGCAGUUGUAUGACCUUGGUAUCCUUCAGAAAGAUAAAGUUUUUCAAACAUUAAAAUGCUUCUCUUCGUCCAUCAAAGAUUUGAAUCAAAUGUUCGAAGACAAAGCAACCUUUUGA